UCCAUUGACUUCCUCUCCCGAUCCUUAAAUAUUUCCUUUUCAGCUCUAAAUAUAUAUACCCAUCUCGAUCCAUCUUCUCGGGAACUAACCUGCUGCAAAGUUCUAGUAGUACUAGUCAUGAUUUUAUGAUCAUUAUCAUCUCUUCAUCAAAAGUAUCUCUUCUUUAUAUGUAUGUACGUGUUGACCGCCAUUGCACAAUACUCAGCUAGCUGCAUGGAUUCUUCAGGCAAUUACAAUAUCCCUGCGGGAAGAUCUCCAAGAAGAGAGAUCCAAGGUCCUCGCCCCACGCCUCUCAGAGUGCACAAAGACUCCCACAAGAUCAAGAAACCCCCCCUAGCUCCGCCACAUCAGCCGUCACAACCACAAGCUACUCAGCAUCGCCCUCCGGUCAUCAUCUACACCGUCUCGCCCAAGGUAAUCCACACCAGCCCUAGAAACUUCAUGGACCUUGUUCAACGCCUGACCGGCCGCCUGCAGCAGUCAUCAUCUUCUUCAUGUUCAAGAUCCUCAUCAUCUGUUGCUGAUCAUCAUCCUUCAAGCAAUCCUUUUAAUGUCAUGAAUAACAGCGGUGCAGUUUCGCCGGCGGCACGUUAUGCGGCUGUAGAGAAGGCGGCGAAGUCUCCAGAAGGGAAUAAGAAAUCACAACAGAGUGGCGAAGUGGGUGGUGUGGAAGGGAUAGAGAUUGCUCAUGGGGUUGAGAUGAUCAUGGGCUCUUUCCCGGGGAUACUGUCACCCGGGCCGGCUUCACUUCCUCCAAUUUCAUCGAACUUUUUCUCUCCGCCAUCUGAUCCGAGCCCACUUAGCAGCUUCUUUCAUGAUUUGAGCCCUGUCCUUCAUGGCAGCAAGAAUUACCUAGAAGGUAGUUUCAUGCCCAGUCCUUCGACCUUUGUUUCACCUCGUAUGGCUUCUUCCCCCACCACUCCAUCCAUAGAUUUAUUCAACAAUUUCUUCGACUACUGAUCAUUGUUAUAGAUUCUUC